CCUAGAGGCGAAAGAGGAAGUGAAGUAGGAAGAGUUGAACGAGAUGUCGGACUUUAGCCCGCGAAACACAAGUGCUCAAGUGGUGACUUACAAGUGUGCCACACGUCCGUCAUAGUUGCGAAAAUACUGUCUAUUGUAUACAGGAAGAAACCAGUUCCUAGGGAGACCAUUCCCUUCUACUAACUAUGAAGAAACGUGAAACACUCUCGACCUGUCGGCGCCAGCCAGGGCAAACAGACCGAGGUUUUUACGUGUCGUAGAGCAAUCAGUUAAAACGUCUUGCAGCAGCAUUAUGAGAAAGUUUCAUGAGGGAUGCCACAUUUCCUUGUUUACAUGAGUCGAACCUAGUGACAUCAAAGAAGACCGUUUCAAAUAGGUUCGGCUCAUGUAAAAAAAUUCGACGUUUAACCUGAGCUGGACCUUGGCGGUAUAGAUGUAAGCUUUAGUUACACGAGUAGCUAGUAGUUCUGCUGAAUGAAAUUUUCGUCAAAUUAAACCAACGUCCGAAACAUCAUUUUACGAGGAAAUAAGAGCGAUGGCGAGUUUGUAUAUUUCAUUAAGUCAGGACAAUGUCGUGUCGUCAUGGAGAUGAACCUGGUCACCAGGAUACUACCAUUUGGAGCAACCAAACUUAUUUUCCCGCCAGAAGAAGCCGAGAAAAGAAAGGCAUUCCAAAUGACAGAAAACGACACCAUGAAGAAGCAUUUCCUCGUCGUAAGAGUACUGGGAAAAGGAGACUUUUUUGGACUAGGAGAACACACGAACAACAUGGUGGUAGUAACUGCUGGAAAGGUUGAACUAAUGCAUGUACCACGGAUCGUCCUGGCGCGAGCCAAUCGAGGGAUAAUACUAACGGAAAUGCGUGAAUAUUUACUUCAAUCUAUUCCUUCGACCAAUCAAAUAUUCCAUAGUUAUGUCGACGAAAUAAAAUGGAAAGCUUACAAAAGGCAGAUGAUUCUAGAGCUAUUAGAAAAACGAAAACGAAAGAACGAUAUUACGACCUUCAAAGAUGUACCGCUGACCAUUAGGUCUGCACACCCUGAUUAUUUAACGCAGUACGCUAUCCCACCAAAGCUGUCUAUCAUUCCACUUAGAGCUUAAAAGUAGCAGCAGACAUUGUAAAUAAUUUAGGAUUACAUAUUUUGAUUUUAUACAGGAAAAAUAUAUUGGAGUUUUAAGUAUUUUGGCUCGUAAGGUAGAAGUUU